AUGUUGCCCUGUGUUGCCAGCAUUGACCCCCUGCAUGCGGCAAACACAGCAAGACCUGACCCCCAGAGACUUUCAUCUUGCCGUCUCGUCACAACCUCAUAUCCUCGCGACAACCUUAUACCUCAUCUUAUAGCAUCCUCGUCACAACCUCAUACCUCCGUCACAUCCUCACAGCGUCCUCGUCACUUCCUCAUACUUCCGUCACAACCUCAUACCUCCGUCAUAUCCUCGUCACAACCUCAUACUUCCGUCACAACCUCAUACCUCCGUCACGUCCUCGUCACAACCUCCCACCUCCGCCACGUCCUCACAACCUCAUACCACCGUCACGUCCUCACAGCGUCCUCGUCACCUCACACUUUCAUCACAACCUCAUACCUCCGUAACGUCCUCAUAGCGUCCGUCACAGCCUCCUCACGUCACAGCCUCGUCACUCAUACCUCCGUCACGUCCUCACCUCCUCGUCACAACCUCAUACCUCACGUCCUCACAGUCCUCCACGUCACAACAACCUCAUACCUCCGUCACUCCUCACAGCGUCCUCCUCACCCUCACACAUUCAUCACAACCUCAUACCUCCGUCACAUCCUCACAACAUCCUCAUCACAACCUCAUACCUCACUCCUCUCACAACACAUCACAUCAAGCAGUAACACAAACACCAUAUUUCCUCGCCACUUCCCUCACCAUCCUCAUAAAUUCCUCUUAUUGUAUGAUGUCCUUGUGAAUUAUGCUAAUAAUUAA